AUGGAGAUUUAUUGGCCAUUGGGAUUGAUUAUUUCGACCAUGAGUGUUCUUCAUAUUUAUGGAACAUUCGAAGCUUAUCGUGAACUUAGUAAACAUCAUCAAUCGGUGAAGAAAGCCUAUAAUAAAGCUAAGCUUAAUCUUCUUGAAGUAAAAUCUGAGCCACACAAAUUAGCACCGCUAGAGGUUGAAGGCGGGAGCCCGGAUAUAGAAAGAUUUAUAAAGAAAGAAGAAUGGAAUUCAAUUUCAACUCAAAAAUCAAUCACUCCAGCUCUGACUUCCACUGAAUCCAAAACAGUAUGCCAGUAUAUUAGAUCCAGCUAUGGUUGCUCUAUAAUAUUCUGUAUUAUGUGUCUAAUUCUUGCUGGACUAGCCACAUUGCAUGCAUUAGUUCCAACGAUAUAUCGUCUUGGAAUAGAACAUGAGACAUUUCUUGCCGAUACCUGGCAAAUUAAUUAUAUUCGUAUUUCAUACAUCGUGCUUUCAGGUAUAUUUGGUUUUAUAGCAAUGGUUAUGAUGACAUUUAGUAUUGGUAAUUAUAUACGCAUUUUAAAUAAUCUGAAAAUACUAUUAUCUAGUACGGAGUUAUCGCAAACUAUUGAUUUGGAAAGAUUGUAUUUUUUGAACUUACGUGAACCGAAAAAUCUCGAAUAUUUCUUGUCGCUAUUUCGACCAAUUAUACGAAAUAUUGAUUCAUAUUACGUAUGCCUUUCAACAAUGACAUGUGCCAUAGUUAUCGAUCUAAUUUUAAUUAUAACUGCAGUCGUGCAUGUAUUCGUUUAUGGUUAUUCAGGCACUCUACUAAUGUUUUGGUGUUUAAUUGAUAUUAUCAUUUUGUCAAUUUUUAUUCUAUUAUUUUUGGGAAUUGUUGUGCUGAUCAACAAAUUGUUAACGCAUGAUUUUAUUCGACAAUUAAAAGCUUUAAAAAAAUCAAUGGUAACACCAUCGUCUUCAGAUAGAAAUUGUAGAGAUACUAUCUGUUAUUUGGAUGCGGUUAUUGAUCACAUAGAAUGUGCAAGUCGCGAAUAUGCUGUCAAAAUUUUAGGUUUUGUAAUUGAUCAGAAACUCGUCAUAAAAGUUUUCAUUUCAAUUUGUACUGGCAUUGGUUCAAGUAUUGUCUCAUUUGUCAAAAAUCGAUAA